GUUCAACAACUGGGAAGAUCACACCGGUCAAACCAGACAAGGUACAUGCACUGCCAAAACAUAAACAUUCCUAUCCCUUUGAUAUAAGCUAUUUUCUAGAGAAGAAGCUAGAGUUGCUGGAGGCGUACACUACAUCCAUAUCUCAAUGGCUGCACGCUGCACGUUUACCACUUUUUAAUUGUACCUUCGCUUGAUUAACCUUGUUGGAAGGGUAGCGUUCUGCCAAGCAGGUUUAAACCCGCCGUUCAAGCCAAACACCAACCAGGGUCUUCAAAAAACUGAUAAGAUCAUGCUGGCCGUUAUGUAAGAUCUUGUCUCAGUAUAGAUCUGGUAAUCACGUCAGUAGGCGGUGAUGUUAAUCCAUUGGCCUUGUCUCUUUCACUCUUCCCUAACAAUUCGAAGGGGAGGUAAAAAGAACCCACACUACUAUUCGUAAAGAGAGUGAGACGUAGACCUCUUUGGUGUGGUUUAUCUCUCACGUGAAGGGGCUGUCACGGGGCCGCAAUACUUGGCUUCUCACUUUUACGGUUACUCUGCCAGAAAAUGGACAAUCUAGUAAAACAAGAAUAAAAUUUCUUGUGACUAAAAUUCUGAAGGCUUUCCUGGAAUAUCAAUACUUCCAUAGUAGCCUGUGUACAGCAACCUCCUCCCCUUAGGAAAAAACCGGGAAAGGGGAGGGGGUGGCUGUACACAGGGUACUCUCAUCAUCACUUUUCCUUCGCCAAAAUCCCCUUUGUACCAUGGGAGUCAGAAGAGGGAGAUAUUACGUGAUAAUGUCCACCGUCUAAUUGGCGCGCUCGGGAGCUCCCCUUUUUGCUCUAAAUUUGACUUUGUUUUAAUAUCUGGCUCUGAGAGUUUUACUCUAAUGUUUUCUUUGUUUUUUUUUUUUUAGUGGACCAAUCUAUAAACUUGUAACAACAAACUUGGGUGGUGAAAUAAGAUUUGCUGCGGCUGUGGCUCAACGGCUUCAGUCGUUAGGUAAUGUUUAAAUGUUUGUCAAACUCGGAAAAUCGUGAACACCAGACGCAUUCUGAAUUAUUCUCACGGAGUGCCAAGGAAAAGUACUCGCAAUAGGAGUCGAACCUUUUACCGUCUGGUUACUAGUCCAGAUGCACUACCACUAAGAUAUUCUUCUAGCACUAGUUCUAGACAUUCUAGCAGUAUAGUCAGUGUGAACAACCUGCAUGUAAUACUGCUAGAGUGUCUCGAACUAGUCCUAGCAGAAUAUCUAGUACAUUCUAGUCCUAGCAGUAUGCUGGAUGUUUGUCACGUAACCCUAGUUUAGUGGACUUAGCUCUCACGAGUCUCCUUUAGUACAGUGGUCCAGCAUCUGGACUAGUAACCAGGACAUAGGUUCUCUUUUGGUUUCCUAUCCAAGAACAUCAAUCCAUUCAACUAGACAGCCAUGACAGAGCGCCUUUAAGUUUUUGUUUUGUUUUCCCGCAGGUGCACUUACCAAAGGUGACAGACGAGCAGCGACUGGGGCCGACUUAACGCAGUUUAAUUUUGACACGUCUUACGGCCGAUCUGCACUCAGGAACAUGUACCAAGCCAUUACUUUGGUAUGUCAAUAGCCUGUUUCAGGAUAAAAGAUAAUAGCGCAGUCCUGCAGUAAAAAGUGAUGCGAAAAAUGCGCGGGGCUAGGGAAAGAGGUGGCGUUUGGGCGGUGUCUCUCCUAUUUUUCCCGCCAUCGCCCCUUUCCCCAGAUCCCGCGCGUCUUAUUUUCGCGACGUCUCUACUAUCUGAGAGCCUGGCACAAGCUAUACCGAAAAAUCCCAUUAUAUACGUUCAGGACUUUAACGUGGGAUUUUACGGUAACGGUAUGUCAGAAUUGGUCACGAAUUAGAACUAUGUGUACUUGUUGCUUGUGUCAUCUACGAGAAAACGUUUUUUUAUUUGAACGCGGAACUUUUUUGCCUUUUUUUUCAGCAAUCCAUUUGUCCUGGAGUUGCUUUGUCUAAGGUUCUGUCAGCAGCACAAAUUCCCGACAAGCAUGAAUUCACAGAGUUUAACUCCAUCGCAAGGGUGAGUUUUACUUCGUUGGUCGCGAACGUGGUUAAAACUCCUAUUUUAUUUCUCUCCUUAAAAGUGGAUUUGGAAAGAAAAUUUAUGAUGUCAGAAACAAUUUUAUGUGUCAGUUAGGCAGUGAUAUUGCUUCAUAAAAAUUCUGGGCAACACGAGGGAAUGGAGAAAGGAUAUAGUCAUCUUGUAAUUACAUAUGGCAUGGUGCGAUCGGCAAAAAAUGACUUGACAGAAAAAAAUUAGAAAGGCAUUGCAUAUUGGCAACUCAAUACCCACCAGCUAUUUUGUAUUUAAACACGUCUGAUAAUGAAUUUCAUUUUUAGCUUAUGAAAUAAAUUUGGAAUCAGGGAAUGUUUCAUAUCGACUUUUAAGGCCAACAGGCCCUAUACUGUUGGUCAAUCGCGUGGACAAAAUUUCCGUGCGGGAGAGCAAAAAAAGGCAUUGGGACAAGAGACAAACAAAGGAAAUAAACAUUUGGAAAAAUGUAAGCUCCUUUUUUGUCUUGUCCCAUCGCGUUCCUUGCUCCUCAGCUGGCUUUUAUUGUUACCACGUGACUAGUCUAGCUUGCGUCACAGACAAAACUAAAUUCUGGUUAAGUCCGUCUGCAAGACAGCACCGAUAUCCUUGUUCUGGGCACCCACCUGUGUACCAGGAUUUGAGUAUGCGCCAUGAUUGCCAUCAGGUUGAAAGGAAAGGUCAGCAUUAGAGCCCCUUUCUCCCCUCGUGAAAUUUACACAAGGUAGAACUGUUUUCUGCUUUUAUAUCACACUUAGAUGAUAUUUCAAGCCGGAAAUGUUCAUGAAAGUGCUAGUCUCUUCAAUUUAAAAGAAAAAAAGAAAUUGAUAUGAAUGAGGAUUUGCUGGAUGGAAGUGAAAUAAUUUAAGUACAAUACCAACACAGCAUCAACCCUAACCCACAAAAAGAACCUAACAAGUUUAACCCUAAUCUGUAAAGGCAGUGCUUAACCCUAAUCUGUAAAGGCAGUGCUUAACCCUAAUCUGUAAAGGCAGUGCUUAACCCUAAUCUGUAAAGACAGUGCUUAACCCUAAUCUGUAAAGGCAGUGCUUAACCCUAAUCUGUAAAGGCAGUGCUUAACCCUAAUCUGUAAAGGCAGUACUUAACCCUAAUCUGUAAAGGCAGUGCUUAACCCUAAUCUGUAAAAGGCAGUGCUUAACCCGGGUUAGUAAAGGGGAAAACUACGUGGUGUAAAUUUCGUGAGGCGUCCGAAGGGGCUACGGUCGAUGGGAUCUAAUGAUAACCGAAAGGAAAUUGGAAACGCACUUCCGGCAAAUCGCUGAAUCCGUUGGGGGCCCAGAACAAGGAUCUCGGCGCUGUUUCGCAGACAUUACUGGGAAUUGGCACUAAAAAAUAUAAAUAAAACCAAAUCGGCAAGUUUAAAUUUACGCAACUCUGCACAAAAGCUACUCUAGCGUAGGAGGAUUUGAGGAAUUUAAUCUAGUAUAGGGUAGCAAAAUUCAGCUGAACUAGCUCUGGUAUAGGCUAAGGGUUACAGGGUUCCAGCGGCAAAUCACCACCCGAGAUUACAUCUGCGACACAGGCUAUUGGUAGUCUAGUUUCAUAUCAGUGGUGACUCAUGAAGAAAGUCUUUCUCAGUGGUUGUCAAUUACAUUUACCGAGGUGUCCAAAUGACUGAGUUACUCUCAAGUUUCACAAAGCCCUGUUUUCUUUUGUUUCACAGCAAUGUCUUCUGUCCAUGGGAGUAACAGACGCCAGUUUUGCAGUGAAAGACAAAGAAGCCAGCGAUGUGGGAAAAUUUCUCAACCGUAUUUUGGGUCUUAGUGUGGAAAGACAAAAUUUGGUAAGUACAAAGAUCCUAUGGUGGAUAUAA